CUCACUAGACUCUCCAUUCCCUCGUUUUUAAUGAGAAGUUUUAACCGCAAAUACAGGUGUCCAAUCCCAUGUAGUGGAGCAGUUUUUGGAAGAGAACCGUCCUUCUCUCUCCCUCCCCAACCCCAAGUUUCUUUCUUCUUUUCAAAACCCACCACCACCACUCUUCCUCAACGUAAAACUACUGUGUUCAGUGGUGGUUUAGUUGCUCUCUGCUCUUCUUUCUUUCAGUCUCAAAUAGAAGGUUCAGUAAAUACAAGAGAUGUAAGUCCUCAGAAAUCAAGAUUAUGUGCUAAACAGCUAGCACAUAUUAGAAAGAGUUCACAAGGUGCGUGACCAUUUUCGACAUGUUUGACAUUCUGUUUGGAUGGAAAAAAGCUUCUAAAUGCAAGAAACUGAUCAGGAAUGUCCAGUGUCGUCUGAAGCUCCUGAAGAACAAGAGAGGCUCUAUUAUAAGGCAAUUACGUGAGGAUAUUGCUCAACUCCUCAAGAAUGGCCAACACCAGAGUGCCUUCACCAGGGUGGAGCAACUCUACAAGGACCAAAACAUACUGGCUGUCUAUGAUCUCUUGGACCAUUUUUGUGAAUUUAUCAUCAUCCACAUGCCCUAUAUACGCAAGCACAGGGACUGCCCUAAUGACAUUAAUGAAGCAGUGUCAAGUCUGGUAUUUUCUGCCCCAAGGUGUGGGGAUCUCCCUGAGCUGCAAAUGCUUCGAAGAUUGUUUGGAGAGCAUUAUGGGCAGAAGUUUGCAACGACUGCAGUUGAAUUAUUACCUGGAAAUCUUGUAAACCAUCAGAUAAGUGAGAAGUUCUGCAUGAAGUCAAUUCCAGAUGAUGUGAAAUACAAACUGAUAGACGAAAUAGCUAGAGAUUACUGCCUUCAACUCAAUCCUGAGGGAAUUGUCAACAUGUUUGACUUGCCAAACCAACAGGUAUAUGAUCAUUCCAUGGGAAAUAGUUGUAAUCAGCGGGAAGGUCAUAGUUUUGACAGGGACAUACAGUUUAAUUGCAACAGCCUCAAAGAAGCCCAGAUGCAAGCUUCAAACGAUAAAAAGAUUCAAGUAAAUUCAACAUCAGUUGUUGAUAUCGCUAUGAAAGAACCUGCUUUGGAUAUAAUUGAGGCCCAUAACUCCACUGCUGUCCAUAAAACUGCAGCCAAAGUAGAGAAUCACAGGAAAUUGGAUCCAUUACCUGGACCUGAAAUGACCCCAAAUAGGUUUUCUUCCCAGACCAGCUCAGGCAGGCUUUCUAUGGCCUAUAAGCAACAUAAGGUUGAUACAUUUACAACGAGGAAUGCAUCAGAAAACUCAUAUCAGACCCGUGAGAGAAGUAUUUUUUGUCUUGAUGAUGUAGAGGAAUUCCAACCCACCACCCAAGAUGGAAAAUGCAAGGACCAGAGACUAUUUAUCUUUAAGUCAAUCAGCCCUCCUGAUCCUGGGCAAGAAAACUGUGGAGCUAGUGAUGGUUUCACUGAAGAACACAAAGGGAUUUGCGAAUCAGGGGAUGACAGGGCAAGCUCCAGAAACUCUAGCAAGAGGAGGAAUUCAACCAGAAAAAAGUUGAAAAGGAGAUCUGCUAACCACGAGACUGAAAUGUAUGAUUUAUCAAUACCUGUCACCUUGAGCAUGAAAGACAUUGAAUGCGAAGUAUACUAUGGUGAUGAUUAUGACCUUCUACCAAAUGGAGACCUUUGUAGACCUCGCCACAUGAGGAAGCAUCAGCACAAAAUGCCAACUGAGAAACGUCGGAAUUCCACUUCUAAAAUACAGGAGAAAUUUUUGUCACAUCAACCAAAUAAUGCACACGGGAAACCAUAUGAACUGUUCUUUGAGGGAGGGAAAUAUUUAUCUCAGAGAUAUAUUUGUGACCAGAGGAGGUCAUACAGUGGCUGUUGUGUCAAUGACGAUAUGGUUAUUCCUUGCAGCUUGGAACACCCAUGUUACUUUCUCACUAGUGAUGAUAAAGAUGAGUGGGAAAGUCCAAGUUGGAAGCAAAAGAGAGGGAUCAAAAGAUUGGAAGGGUUUCCAAUUGGUAACUUUCGACAAAAAGAAUGGCAAGAAGAUAGCUACCAUCAUUUCUGUUUGCCUUUUCCAGAUGAAGAAGCAGUAGACAGCAAUGCCACCAUGAACCACAAUACUUUUAGGCAGGCAACAGUCAAUAAAACCAAAAGCAACAUCAAGGAAGUCCAUGAAAUGGACUGUGCUUCUGAAAGAGAUCACCAAAAUAGACAUUUUAUGCAUGAUUUUGCAGCCUCCAGAAACCACAGUCCAAGUGGAAAGACAGAGGGAACAAAAGUAGUAUCAGAUUAUCAGGGCAGCCUUACUACUUCUCAGGACUGUAGUCCAACAAACCUGUGGAGAAAAACAGUGAGACAGCCACCUUAUUUUAGGACCAUGACAAUGCCACCCGAACGGCCUAAACCCAUGUCAACUGAUUACAUUCUGAGGUCUUCUUCCUGUCAGUUUCAGCUAGCAAAUCCUUCAAGCAGCAGCUCUUCUUCCUCUUCCUCAAGCCAUGUGCACCCGAAGCUCCCAGACUAUGAUGACUUGGCAGCCAAGUUCACGGCUCUCAAGAAAGAAUAUAUGCAAACUAAACAAGCCAAAUUAGCGACAGCUUGAGAAGAGCACCGAACCUUCUGCAUUACAGUCACUGACAGUUGCUCGGCCUGUAGAUAGAAUUAAUAUUAUCAUACUUGGUCGGUGUCACUGUUAUGCCAAGGUGAUAGUAACUAGUACCUGAAUUUCUUUAGUUUCAUUUUUCACGCUUUUUUAGGUGAAAAGUUUUCCAUUUAAUUUAGCCGUUGUAUAGAAUUUAUAGUUUCUCUCAACUAGUAGAACAUUUUGUUCAUUAUGGCGCUGUGGACUUGUGUACAAUUGACAAUGGUUAUCUGCAUUUUCUGCACCAGUUUUGCUCUGU